UCAUGAGUUACUUCUCCUUAUUCUUUAUUUUCAGUGCUGCAGCUUUUCUGUAGUUCUCCCAAACCUGUAUUGAGAUACGCAGCUGUACGGACCCUUAAUAAAGUGGCCAUGAAGCAUCCGUCUGCCGUAACCGCCUGCAACCUGGACCUGGAAAACCUCAUCACGGACUCCAACCGGAGCAUUGCCACUCUCGCCAUCACCACCCUGCUCAAGACAGGGAGUGAGAGCAGUGUAGACAGGCUCAUGAAACAGAUCUCUUCCUUCGUCUCAGAAAUAUCAGAUGAGUUUAAGGUGGUUGUAGUGCAGGCAAUAAGUGCUUUGUGCCAGAAAUACCCCCGGAAGCACAGCGUCAUGAUGACCUUCCUCUCCAACAUGCUCAGGGAUGAUGGUGGCUUUGAGUACAAGCGAGCCAUCGUGGACUGCAUCAUCAGCAUCAUCGAGGAGAAUCCUGAGAGCAAGGAGUCGGGCUUGGCCCACCUCUGCGAGUUCAUCGAGGACUGCGAACACACCGUCCUGGCCACCAAGAUCCUGCACCUGCUGGGCAAGGAGGGCCCGAGGACUCCGUCGCCCUCCAAGUACAUCCGCUUCAUCUUCAACAGGGUGGUGCUGGAGAACGAGGCCGUGAGAGCUGCUGCCGUGAGUGCCCUAGCCAAGUUUGGUGCCCAGAAUGAGAAUCUUCUCCCGAGCAUCUUGGUGCUUUUGCAGAG